GCAGGCCAGGUGUCUAUGAGCAAGCCAUCAAAAUGGCACAUGUGUCAUUCUAAAUUCAAAUCUACUUUUUAAAAGUCUAAUUUUACUCGACACGAAAUAUACAUAAAUUUAAAGCCUGGAAAAGAGGAGAAAAGAUGUCGCGCAAGCGGAGAAGUUUUUCGGUAUCAGCAGGCCGCUCAAACUAUAUGCCUGUGUUGGUGCCCGCCGUCAAGAGUUCCGAAAUGGUAUUCAAGGAAGCGGCUGCCCAUGCAGCGGGCGUGGCAGCAGGAUCAGCUGUGGGUCACGCCAUCGGAUCAGGGAUAACCGGGCUAUUGAGGCGGGGAGACCAGCAGCCGCGCCACAGCGAUUUGGUCGAGGAAGGUCCAUGCGCCAAGGAAAUGAAGCAGUUCUUGAAGUGCAUCGAGGAAAAUUACGAUCUCAGUGUGUGCAAGGAGUUCAACGAUGCUGUGCGACGAUGCCACCGCCAGAACAAUAUUUAGGAAUCUAGGAACGGGAAAGAUUUUAAUUUGUCAAAUUAUAAGAAGUUCAUGCGCAGCCUUUUAAGUAACUCGCAAUAAAAUUUCAGUUAUUAGACUUAC